AGCCGGAGCCGGAGUGAAAAGACAUUGACCCCUAUCCGCUAGGAAAACAUUUAGGAUAGACUGAGCUAAAACAAGCCUCUCCAUGGCUGCUCUCCUCUCCCUCUCCUCCCCAACUCCUACAAGAACUUCAUCAGCCGUCCACCACCAUCCCUCUUCUCCAUUCAAGGGGAAUGUGAGAAAUUUUAAGGCAAACCCAAGUUUUGUUUUUCCGUCUAGUGUAAGAAUUACUGAUAAAACUGGGACUAAGCAAAGAGCACCAUUGAUAGUGUUGAACAAAGCUUAUGCGGACUCUUCUUCUUCUUCAAUUCAAGCUGCUUCUGGUAUCUCUAGCUUUCGAUUUCGGUUGAAUAAUUUAGGUCCUCAACCUGGGUCUACAAAGAAAGCGAAGAGAAAGGGUAGAGGUCACUCUGCUGGGCAAGGGGGUAGCUGUGGAUUUGGGAUGAGGGGUCAGAAAUCAAGGUCUGGUCCAGGUGUCCGAAAGGGGUUCGAAGGCGGUCAAAUGCCGUUGUACCGAAGGAUUCCUAAGCUUAGAGGCAUUGCUGGAGGUAUGCAUGCUGGACUACCAAAAUAUGUCCCAGUAAAUCUGAAAGACGUAGAGGAUGCAGGAUUCCAAGAGGGAGAAGAGGUAUCCCUAGAGUCAUUGAAGAAGAAGGGUCUGAUCAACCCAUCAGGAAGAGAAAGGAGACUUCCUUUAAAGAUCUUGGGUGAUGGAGAGCUUAGCGUGAAGCUGAGCUUCAAAGCACGCGCCUUUUCAGCAUCGGCAAAAGAGAAGCUUGAAGCUGCUGGCUGUUCUUUAAUGGUUCUCCCUGGCAGAAAGAAGUGGGUGAAACCAUCAGUUGCCAAGAACCUAGCUCGUGCUGCAGAAUAUUUUGCAAAGAAAAAUGCAGCUGCAGCUGAGUCAGCUGACCCUUCUUCUUGAUCACCAUUUUGUUAGUACCCAGAAAAUGGGAUGGUGUCACCUUUUGAAAGGGAUGUAAAGCAACAUUCAAGACAUUUAGAAUCUUGCUGUCUUAUUUACUCUUUCUUUACUAAAAAUCAUCAGAAUAUAAUUUCUUGCAUCAGCUGUCUCCCAUCGAGUCCAAUAGGGGUAAUUUUGUUGAUUCCUUCAAAGCUUGUUGUGGUCCAAGUUGUAGGUAUUGGAAUAUUGAAAGUUUUCACCUUUUAAGAGGAUAAAGAUAAGUCAGCAGGGAUUAGACUAUUGUGUAAUUCUUGCAGCACUAAUAAACAUUCAUUAUCCUCCUUAUUAA